CCUCCCCAUGGCUUGUGUGGAGCACCAUAUAAAUAAUCUGAAUCAGAGUUUAGGAUUCCACGAGCACAGUUUCCAGAACCUCCACUGUCAUCUAGCUGAGUUCUCUCUGCCAGUGAGUUAACACUAAACCUAGCCAUUAGCCCUCUCUAGCACCAGGCACCUUUUGGUCUAUUCUCCACACAGGUAUUUGCCACGAGCAUCUUAAGCAGCCAUGAUCAUCACUGUCUCUUUGAUUUGGUUUGUGGUGAUCAGCUUUUGCUGCUGUCUGUGGCUUGCUCUGGGGAUCCGUAAGAGAAAACCAGGUGAACCACCUGUGGAAAAUGGUUUGAUCCCAUACCUCGGCUGUGCCGUCCAGUUUGGAGCCAACCCCCUGGAGUUUCUCCGGAGCCGACAGAAUAAAUAUGGACACAUCUUCACUUGCAAGAUCGCUGGCAAGUACUUUCACUUCCUGUGCGACCCUUUCUCCUACCACGCCGUCAUCCGCCAAGGCAGGCAUCUGGACUGGAAGAAGUUCCACUUCUCUACCUCAGUCAAGGCUUUCGGCCAUGACAGCAUGGACCCCAGACACGGUUACACCACAGAGAACCUCCACCAGACCUUCAUGAAGACCUUGCAAGGUGAAGCCCUCCCUUCGCUCAUCGAGACCAUGAUGGAGAACCUGCAGUCGGUCAUGCUGCAGUCAGACACCCUCAGCCCCAGCAAGGAUCGAUGGGACGUGGAUGGCAUUUUCGCCUUCUGCUACAAGGUCAUGUUCGAGUCGAGCUACCUGACACUCUUCGGCAAGGAUCUGGGUAACGACAAGAAUGCUGCGCGCCAGGAGGCCCAGAAGGCUUUGGUCCUCAACACUCUGGAGAACUUCAAGGAGUUCGACAAGAUCUUCCCGGCGUUGGUGGCUGGGUUGCCCAUCCAUGUGUUCAAGAGUGCCCACUCUGCAAGGGAGAACCUGGCUAAGACCAUGCUGGCUGAGAACUUGAGCAAACGCGAGAAUGUAUCGGACCUGAUCUCACUGCGCAUGCUGCUGAAUGACACCCUGUCGACCUUCAAUGACCUGAGCAAGGCCCGCACCCACGUGGCUCUGCUGUGGGCCUCGCAGGCCAACACGCUCCCGACUGCCUUCUGGAGCCUGCUCCACAUGAUUAGGAGUCCUGAGGCUAUGAAAGCAGCCAAUGAGGAGGUGAAGAAUAUUCUGGAGAGUUCAGGUCAGCGUGUCGACCCUAGCAAACCACAACUCACUCUCUCCCGGGAGGACCUGGACAACAUGCCUGUAAUAGACAGCAUCAUCAAGGAGGCCAUGCGUCUGUCGAGCGCAUCAAUGAACAUCCGAGUGGCCAAAGAGGACUUCCUGCUUCACCUUGAUAACCAGGAGUCGUACCGCAUCCGCAAAGAUGACGUCAUCGCCCUCUACCCCCAAAUGCUCCACUUUGACCCAAAGAUUUAUGAGGAUCCCUUGACCUACAAAUACGACAGAUAUCUUGAUGACAACGGCCAGGAGAAGACAACGUUCUACAGGGAGGGACGCAAGCUGAGGUACUACUACAUGCCUUUCGGCUCAGGGGUGACCAAGUGCCCUGGGCGCUUCUUCGCCGUGCAUGAGAUCAAGCAGUUCCUGGCGCUGGUUCUGUCCUACUUCAACAUGGAGCUCCUAGACUCAGCCGUUAAAGUGCCUCCUCUCGACCAAUCACGUGCAGGUCUGGGGAUCCUGCAACCCACCUAUGACGUUGACUUUCGAUACAAACUGAAAACUCAGUAAGACGGACUCCACUGAUCUACUUUCUUAAUAAUGUAAAUUGUACAUAUUGUAUAUUUAAGAAUUGAAGCCACAAUGAUGUACAUAGGCUGCAAUGUAUUGUUCUAAUGUCUUUUUGAAGUUGAUACGCAAAACAAAAGCCACAGAGUGGUUUGUGAUCGCCUCAGAAUGGUAGCACUGGCAAAACGCCCAUCCCAUUUCGAAAGUGACAUUGGUAGAACUCCAUAUAAGUGUUAUCAGUAAUAUUUACUGCAUCUUGCAGUUAAUCAUCAUAACUAUAUCCUUAUUGUCGACCUCCAUCUUUGAACUGUGAAAUCAUUCAACAUUUCAGAGGUAAUUCUGUUUGUGACCCUCACUAUCAGUAGUUAGUUGGUAUAUGCCACUAUUUACUGUGAUGUUGAAUGGCUCUAACUACACCGACUGAGUAGAGUAAUGUACAUUGUAGUUCCAUUGAAAGAUUCCCUCUGCUAGGAUGAAAUACAUUUUGGUAAUUUGUAUUAAUGUUUACUUUGAUAUACUGUACAAAACAAGCAUUAAAAUGCAUGAAAUGUUUAAUUUGAUAUACUUCAUAAAACUAGUAUAAAAUCAAUAUAUUU